UCAAAGUGAUACAUUUCCUUUCCCUAACAUGAUAGUCCAUCUGCGAUUCACACUAAAACUUUCUGCGUUAUGUUCCGUAAUUCUCUCUGGAUAUUAUGGUAUCUAUUUACAGACCUGGCAUCCUUUCAAAUUAAUUAAAGACCUGGAAUUUCUGUCAAAAAAUCUCCUUUAAUGCUUAUGUCCUCUUCCCUGCAACAAUUCAAACAGGAACGGAGGUAUAUUGAUGGACUGAUGUCUGUAUGAAUCUGGUCAUGCGGGUCACACGUGCUUUGCCACAGGAACUUCAGCUAUACAAAUUUUCUGGCGAAUAAAAUUCUAUUCAAAUUCUUGUAACCUUCGGGAUAACCUGCCGCUUCGUUCCGUGGCCAUGAUGAAUUAGAGUUACCUCUCUUUAGACGAGAGGGAAAGUCGCAAAUAUAAUCCACGGUCAUCAAAACACGUACCGUGCACUGCAACCUAGCAUUAAAGUUUCUUGUUUUAAUAACGAAGAAAAAAAACUUACAUAUUAACGAAUACACCGUUUCUCAUGAGGACCAUAACAUUCUUUUUUCACCCGGGGCUUAUCAACCUGCAUCAGUCACAUGACUUUUCACGAGUCGAGUAUGGUGGGUACUGCCGUCUGCUACUUCGUUGUGCUAGGCUUCUGAAAUGCAGCUAGCACCACAUGAAACAGUGCGCUAGGAUUCAUGACAUUUUACAGUUGGUGUUAUAGUCUGUAGCCUUAAAAAAUGGUUAUUCAGGAGACUAUCGUCAAAGAAGACGAUGCGGCUUCUUGGCUGGAAGAACAUAUUUACGUUCCAGUGACUGUUGGUGUGGUGCUGGUAGGCAUAAUUGCUAUUAUCAUCUACUGCUGUGUGAAAAACUACAGGAAAAAGAACUCGUAUGUCUAUAAAAGACUGGAGUAUGAUGUUGCACUGGCAGAACAGUUGAAUAGAGAGAGAGAGGAAAGGGAGAUUGAAGUCAGAGAUGCUGCAUAUUUAAAAUGUCAGUUCUACCUGCGAUCCCAUCCAUAUUACGGCACCAUUACACAGUUGCUGGAUCUAGGCAGCCGCAUUGAUAAGAGUUGGUUCCGGGUGAAAGACAACAAAAUUCAAGUAGAUCGAAUGUUAACCAUUAUGCCUUACAAUCCCCAAAUGGUUUUGCCUUUUACCAGGGGAACUUGCAAAACUUUGAAAGAGCUGUUCUCUGUUGUUCAGCAUCCCUACAUUUUUCCUGUGACAGACUUGGACUUCGCUUUAGAUGAAAACUUUGUUGUCGUUAUUCAACCUGUGAGUCUGAGAGGAUCCCUCAAAGACUAUAUUUACCAGACUAGGUUCCAAGACAGCUGGUUUACAAAGUACAGUCAUAAGAAGUAUGGAUUAAGCAUGAACCAAGUGCAGAUUUUUGGCAGACAGAUUCUAGAGGCCUUGCUUUUCCUUGAAGAGAAGGGUUUUCCACAGCACAGCAAUCUACAUUCUGGAAAUGUGAUGCUGGAAGACAAUGUUUGCAGGUUAGCUGGCUAUGAAAAUGUGUUUCUGGGAAACACAUCCCGCAUCCAUGCACUCUUCAGAAAGAAACUGAAAAACAAAAAUAAAGAUGCUAUAGAUGUGUUAUCAUUUGGCCACAUCCUGUUUGAAAUGGCUUAUGGCUAUGAACUGGACACAGCCCAUCCAGGUCCACAGCAGCUUAUUGGUCAUCAGCCUCCUUCAGUAGUAGAGAUUCUGAACUUCAUAUUUGAGAAUGAAAGUGGGAAGUACCCUUCUCUGAAAGAGAUCACCCAAAAUAAGUUUUUCAGCCAAGUGCAGCUAAAGGAGUUAGAGGUCUUUAACCCUGCACCAAUCAAUCUUAGCCAGUCCAUGAAGAGUCUACUGAAAGCAGUAAAGGGAGGGAAACCUUUAAAGAAGAAAAGAUCAUCAUCUUCUCUAAAGACCAUGGUCUCAUCAGAUUACUCUGGUGUUUCUGCACCAUCCACAGCUGCACCACCUCCUCUGGCACCUCCACCACCACCGCCACCCCCACCACCACCAGGGGCACCUUCAUCAGCAAGCUCUGCACCUGCGCCUCCCGCUUCAGGUGGGGGUCGAGCAGCUCUUCUAAGUAGUAUUCAGCGUGGUACCCAGCUGAAGAAAACUGUGACCCAUGAUCGAAGUGCUCCAAAACUGUGAUUGUCUUCUCUUAUUGGCAGAAGUACUGAAACUGAGCUUUGCUAAGGAGAUUAUGGACUUCAGUAGAAAAGAUGAAAAUAUAUAUAUAUUUGUUCUGUGGCAGUGUGCAUUGUCAUGACAUUCUAUAUUACAUUUAUAAAAAUGUGGGUUUGUGAGGCAGUGGAAGAUAGGCUUCUCGCAUUCAAAAUUUAGUGCUCCACAGAUGAAAAAUCUUAAAUAUUUGAGUUACAUUGCUAACAUCAUGGAUCCCACCUUUGUUUUAAAUUAGUAUUAUUUAUAUCUCAUAGAUUUUGCUGUUUGGUUUCACCUUUUCCUUGGGCCUAAUGUUUUUCAUAUUUCUUAGAUGAUUUGUUAUUACUUUCAGACUGCUUAUUUUUCCGGUGUUGUAUUUUAAAAAUUAUUUUACUCAAUGCCAUCCAUGAUCAAUAAUUUCAAUUUCUGAUCUUGUAUUUAUAUUUGGAGCACAUGUAGCCUGGUGGUUAGUGCACUUAAGUGUAACUGGAAAAAACUCCCAGUCCACCCAGCACAAAUGAAUUCCUAAUUUAAUGGGGAAGCUUAAAAACAGUAAAGGACUAUAAUUUAAUUCUGUUUCUUACAAUCUUGUGUCCUGGACUUCUGUUCACUGUCCCAGCAAUCAGUUUAUCUAUGGAAUCCUUUUACCUUAGUUUUUAUUUGCUUGCAAAUAUUUUCCAGGGGCAUGUGCUACCUUGUCAUCUUACAUUUAAUAUAUACUGUUCUAAUGGUUUGCCUUCGUUUUGUUCACUUCUGGGUCUUUUUAUUUAAUUUUAUUGAGUUGAAUGAUUCUAUUCCAUUACGACAAAAGUUUGGUCAGUUUUGGGGAUUUAUAAUCUUGACUAAUUUAUAAUUUAUUAUCAGUAGCAGUUGUUGUGAGAUAACAAGAAAAGAAAGCAAUCACAUUUUCUGCAAAAUGAUGAAAGGUGCCAGUAUUUGCAGUAAAAUCUGUGAUCGAAUUGUGGCAUUAUUUUUCGUUUGCUUGUCUUUUUGUGUUUUUUUUUUUUUAGUUUUAUAUUUGUUCUCUAGAACAACUAUAUUUAUAAAAUGUUGUGCUUAUUUUUCAAAUCUCUUCUGUCCAUGACAUGAUUACAUUUUCCUUAGAUAUAAAAAGGCCAUAGUAUGAAACUACACUUCUGUUGAAUCUGAAUUGUUUCCUUGUUCCAACCAGAAUAUUUUCUUGUAUAUAUGUAUAUUUUCUUUAAUGGAGACUUCUUUGUUAUUUUUAUUGUUCAGCAAUCUUGCAGAGUCUAAUAGUUUUUAGCAAACUUUAAAAAAAAUGUUAUAAAUCAUGAUAUUGUGGAGAUAGUUAUCAAAAAAUACUUUGCCCGGUUUUGACUUGUUAAGAAAACUCCACAAGAUAUGUUUGUUGUCUUAUACUGUCCAGUUGAGUUCACACUUAGUGAUCAUGUUUAUAAAUCUGCGUAUAUUCUAUAUAUAUAUUUUCUUUCUAUAAAUAGGAAGCUCAGUCCUAGUACAGAUAUUCAGUACUUGUGUAAAUUCAUCUUCAUGACAGCUUACCUAAGUUAAAGUUUUAUUUUCAUAUACAUGUAAGUUAGAAAAGAAAGAUGUUUAUUUUUAAGCAAUGCAUAUAACAAAUGUAUAAUUAUGAAUAAAAUGUGUAAGUAGAAUGACUACAACAUAAAUUUAUUCCUGGUGAUUUCUGGUUGUUUCAACUUACAUGUACAAUUAAGAAGCUUUGUUAUUUACCAUGCAGCUCAUGAAGGAAUUUAAAUGAUUCAAUAAAUUUAUGUUUCUGAGGGCAUUUAUUGUACUGAACAUGUGUGAAUAUGGGAUAAUUAACAUGCAAGACUUUGUUGGGUGUAAAAGGUAGUUUUUCAAUUUUACCUUUGCAUGAAGUAGAUAUCUGGUCAGCUGGAGUCAAGAAAGUACAAUAGUGUGUUCCUAGAGAUGAAUGAUUGAAGCUUGAAUGCUAUUUUUGUUUUUAAAUUACAUGCAGCAAAUCAAAGUGAUAGAAAGAUGUUUCUAAGUAUGUAAGAAGACUUGUCAUUCAUAACAUUUUCUCUCUCUUAUAAAUGAUAUGAAUGUUAUAAGUAUUUUCUAAUUUCAUAAAAAGCACAAAAUUGUAUACGAUAAGCACAAAUUGUAUGUUGCUAAUUUUGAGAUCAUUUAGAGUUGUAAUAUGGGUGUAGCCACAUCCAACUGCAAGAAAUUUUUUUAAGCUAUUUUGCUUGCUCAAUUUCUUAACCAUUAGAGAGUUGUUAUGUGACAAAAUAUGCUAUUGUGAGCCUCUUGAUUUUUUUUUUCUUUCGUUUUGUUAAAGAAGCAACAUAGUUGUCAUAGUUGUAUUUAUACAAAUGACAUUUAUUAUUUAGCCAUAUGACUGGAUUUUUCAUUUUGUUUACACCUUGUUGCCAUAAAAUGUUAUUAAUGGUCUUAUGGAAAAAUAUAUUUGAUUAUUUAGACCUGAGGGUUGUCAUUAAACAAAAGUAGAGACAUUA